AUGGGGGGUCAAAUCUCUAAGAUGAUGGGCAAGAUCUUCGGAUCAAAGGAAAUGCGAUUGCUCAUGCUAGGACUAGACGCCGCGGGCAAGACGACGAUAUUAUAUAAACUCAAGCUGAACCAGGACGUCACGACGAUUCCGACGGUGGGCUUUAACGUUGAGACGGUCACGUAUAAGAAUGUUAAGUUUAAUGUGUGGGAUGUUGGGGGACAGGAUAAGAUUCGGCCGUUGUGGAGGCAUUAUUUUAGUGGUACUCAGGGAUUGAUUUUUGUUAUUGAUUCGAGUGAUAAGGCGAGGAUAGAUGAGGCGAGGUCGGAAUUACAUCGUAUUAUCAACGAUCGGGAAAUGAAGGAGUCGCUGUUACUUGUGUUCGCGAAUAAGCAGGAUAUUCCAGGAGCAAUGAAACCACAGGAAGUUACGGAUGCGCUGAAGCUCACGCAGUUGAAAGAUAAGAUCUGGUUCGUAGUACCAAGUUGCGCGACAACGGGAGAAGGGUUAUUAGAAGGAUUGGCAUGGCUCUCAAAUAACGUCAAAUCACCACCCCAAGGCGCUGCGAAGAAGUAG